CGUCGUCCUGAUCAUAUCGUCAGACACCGUCACCAUGAGCAACAAUUAUCCGGGGCUGUUGAACCCGAACCCGGAAAGGGUUCUAUCAAUCCCAUUGAAGAAGAGUGAUCCGGUGGAUCUGUACCGGCCGUUACGCGACUUGGUAGCGAGAAAAUAUUCAGAGAGCGAUGCACAGAAAGUUGAAAGCGUUCUGGAAACCCUAAACAAAUGCCGCAGCGACAUGGUCGAGCAAGGGGACCUCUCCCUUCCCAUGCAACGUGACUGCCUCAUCCACUACUUCAAAUGUCUUUGCAUGGUUGAGCCACUCUUCACCGCUAUCUCCUCCGACUCCGAUUCUGACCCCAUUGUCUUUGUCUGGUACGACGCCUUCAACUCUGAGCAUGAGAAUGGGGUCUCCUCGCAGCGCAACAGCAUCCAAUUGGAGAAGGCUUCUGUUCUCUUCAACCUUGGCGCCGUAUGCAGCCAGAUUGGGGCCUCUUGCGACCGCACCACCCCCCUUGGCCGUCACCUUGCAAUGGACGCAUUCAAUGCCGCCGCCAAAUUCUUCUUCAAACUCUGGAAGGUUUUUGCCAAGGAUGUCUCCGCCACUCUCGACUUGACUCUCCUCUUCGCCGAGUGGCUGCACUGCGUCUUCUCCGCUCAGGCUUCGGAGCUCAAAUUACAGCAACAACUCGACAAUAACAACAAUCACGACGUCGGUCCCGCUCUCCAACAACAACUCCACGACAAUAACAACGCCGCCGUCGCCAGUUCCGCUCUCCAACAACAUCUAAUUGCCGUUUCGUUUAAAUCGGUUUCUAAGCAUUAUCAGAGAGCAUAUGAUCUGAUACUAGGUGAUUCGGCUGCACACAAACAUGUCUGCUCAUUUGACGAAACCUGGAUAACUCAUCUUCAUCAGAAGAAGAAAUUCUUUCGGCUGGAGGCUCGUCAGAGGCGAUCAUCCAUCCUACCCAAAUCUCAGCGUCCUAAAACAUUCUCAUUGCUCCAAUCUUGUCCUCUUGAUCAUGAUGCAGUAUCUGUCACUCAAAAAUUAGCUAGAGGGAUUUGCAGCAGCGCAGAGCAGUGGAGAGCCAAGCAACAACCAAUAUACCUUGACCUCCUCCUCUCUAAGUACAGCCCUUUCAAGAUUAAGGAUGGUGGAAAGCUAGUGGCUAACCCAUGGGACAUGCCUCCUCCUUAUACAACAAAUUUUGCAAUCCCCCCAUCUUCGUCUUCGUCACAUAUUAUGGCAUUCCCUUUGAAGAAGUGUGAGCCCUUGUAUCUCUACGAGCCCCUGCGCAAUUACUUUGUCCUCAAAUACUCUGAGAGCGAGGCAAACAGAGUAGAAGGCCUUUUCAAAAUGGUAGACAAAUUGCGCAGUGAAAUUCAGCGUGAUGACCUGUCUCUACCCGUUCGCCGCGACUGCCUCAUCCUCUAUUUGAAAUGCCUUUGCAUGAUUGAGCCUUUGUUCCCCAUGACUACCUCACCCAAUCCACCUAUCUUUGUUUGGUACAAUGCAUUCAACCCACAACAGGACUCUUCUCAGCACAACAUCCAUUUCGAGAAGGCCUCUGUUCUCUUCAACCUGGGAGCCCUCUCCACCCAAGUUGCUCUCUCCUGCGAUUUCACCACCAUCCAAGGCCAUCGCCUUGCCAACGACGCCUUAAAUGAUGCUUCGCAUUGGUUCUUGAAACUGUCGCUUGAGGCUGAGAAGGCAUCUGCCACCAUUGACUUGUCAGUAAACUGUGCCAAGAUGCUGCGUGAGAUAGUAUCCGCUCAGAUUGCUGACUUGGACUGGAAUUUUCCUCAUUCCUGUUCUGUUCGAUCAUCAUUACCUGUUACUCUGCUUUAUCAGAGAGCUUAUGAUCAUCUGUCGACAUUUGGGCCUUUAGCUGAGAAUCUUGUUCCAUCCUCGAUGCGACAAUAUCUUGAGUGGAAGAUGAAAACCUGCCAUGUUGAAACUGCUCCUAUUGAUGUCACUGAACAAUUUCUAUCAGGGUAUUCUAUGGCUCAAUUCCUGCUUCCAAAGAGAUGUCUACCACCGUGCUUGGACCUUCUAUCGGAGGUUGGCCCUAUCAUGAUUAAGGAUGGAAAUCUUGUGACCCACUUUAGGAAUUAAUUUUUUAGUUCCUUUUUAAAAUUGGAUGUUGGAAUUUUGUUUGUUAAUGUGUGAAUAUAUUCUUUCAUAUUCCUCACUAAGUUGUAGUGAUCUGUAUGCCUUUUAUCCCAUAGCCUUUGUUAGUUAUUGUUGCAUAUUGGUAGAUAGAAGGUAUCAAAUUUUGUAACAUAUGUAGUAACUAAUAAGUAGAAUAGUUUAUUCUUUUCUUUUCUUUUAGAGAUAUGUCAGAUAGAACAAUGUAUAUACUUU